AUGUCUUCGCGCAUCGAUAAGGUCAUUGCUCGUCAGCGAGAGAAGAUCGCUGAUGGCGCCUACUAUGAAGCUCAUCAACAGCUACGUGUUAUUGCGGUCCGUUAUCUGAAGCAAUCGAACUAUGAUGCCGCCGCGGAGAUCUUAGCGGGGGGCGCUAAGGAGCUCCUGAAGGCCGGCUCGCAACAAGGUGCCUCUGCCAGUGGUGGUGACUUGGCGAUCAUGCUGGUGAACGAGGUGUACAACAAGGCAGAAUGGGAGAUCAAGGGUGGAAGUGAUGAUGCCGAGGGUCGAUCUCGCAAGAAGCGCCUGAUCGAAUUGCUACGCGAAUUCCCCUCGGACGAGCCUACACGGAAGAGAUAUAUCCAGGAAAUCAUGGCGUGGAGUGGAAAGUUUGGACCUCUGGAGAGGGGUGACCCGGAAUUGCACCAUGCUGCUGGCUCAGUAUACGCCGAAGAGAACGAGGCAUACGACGCCGAAAAACAUCUUAUUCUGGGAACCCCCGAAUCCGCCGAGACUCUGGCAAAACUCGAGUAUGAGUGGUACACAGUCGACGAACCGCACACCGCAGCCAUCUAUGCAUCUCGCGCGGUCUUCCCGUACCUUCUCACGGGCAAUCUCCGCAGCGCGAACAAGGCCCUGCUCAUUUUCACCACCAAGCUCUCGGCUGCCAACCCCCAGCUGGGCGUGCAGGACGUCAGCAGCUCCAGCUCGGACGCUCGUGUUUUCCCAGCGCUUCCCUUGCUCAACUUUAUCAGCCUGCUGCUAAUGACUAUCCAGCGCGGCAACGCGGAUCUUUUCCGCAACCUCACUGCACACUACGCAGCACAGAUUAAAGAAGUCGGCAUCUGGGAUGAUGCCCUGGCGCAGAUUGGUGAGCAGUACUUUGCCAUCAAGAUCCCUCGACAAGGAAACCCUCUGAUGGAUAUGAUGAGCGGGAUGUUGUUUGGAGGCGGUAAUGCGGGCAAGCAACCCAGCCGGGCGAAAAAGGUCGAGGCACCACCGGCAAGCAUGGAGCUUGAUUAA